AUGCUCUUGAUGAUGCAGUGUAUAGCAUCUUUGCAUCGACAUUUCCAAAGGACUAACUACAUCAUGGACCCUACGACGCUUAAGGCCUCGGCCAUCGAGACCAUGUACAAGGUGGCUCAAGCUACAGAUGAUCUCGACAUUCCACUCCUAGAAAGCCUGUUCAUGCCAGACCAGAGCGUCAUGGUAGAUGUGAGCGGCCAUCUAGGAUUGCCUCCCCAGGAUGUCAUGCCUCCGCAACUGGCUCAGCAAAUGAUUCAAGCCAUCUCAGGCUUCACAGCCACCCAUCACGUCAUCACCAACCCCAUCGUUACUCUGGAAAUCGGGAGCCCCAUCAAAGCAAAAGCUGUGGCUCUCAAGACGGCAUAUCAUUGCAUUCAAGGCGAUGACGAGAUGCAAUCCGCUACGGCGCGAGGAAAAUGGGAUAUGCAGAUGGAGCAGGCGGAUGGUCAAUGGGCCAUUACACAUUUCACCGUGGUCAGAACUGUGCCCCUGCUGCCGAGUGAGCUUAGCUUAUGGGAUGUUGCCAGAGCGCGUGUAAAGGAGAGUAAAGGCAGAGUAGCCAAAAGCUGA